CAAAAGUAAAUAAAAUGUCAGCAUACCAAUAGUCUCCUGAUUAUAGUGCGCACAGAGACUUCUGUCACAUUGUAUUUUAGUUUAUCAACAUAUAAACACUUGAACACAGUCGAAGCGAACAUUACAAAUUAUUAUUAUUAUUGUUGUUGUUUUUGGUGUACGCAGUUAAGUCGCUUAAAAUACAUUUGGUGAAAUACGUAGAUUCAGUUUGUGUACAUCGUGCAGUGACAAAUCUACAUAAUGGACGACACAUUUGAUGAAUCAUUAGAAUUUUCGGAUUCGGAUUCUGAAGAAAUGCCACUUAAAGAUGCUACUUAUGAGGCAUUGAAUAUUGAAGAAAUCACUCACAAAAUGAAUCAAAAAAUCGAAGAAGUUGUUUCCACAACUGGGAUGCCAGCAACAGUUGCACGAAUUGCAUUGGGCUACUGCGAUUGGAAUAAAAUGGUUUUGCUCGAAAAAUACACAGAUGAUCAGCAAAAGUUUUUUGAUAAUGCGAACAUCAAGAAUCCAUUUCUUGAGGUAGAAGAAGAUGAAAAACGACGAAAAACUGACUGUUUAACAUGUUUCGAACAAUUACCGUCAGAUAUGAUUGUCAGUUUGAGUUGCAAACAUAAUUUCUGCUCAGACUGUUGGUCACAAUAUUUAACGAUGAAAAUCAAUGAAGGUGCUGAGUCGAUUGCUUGCCAACAACUCAAAUGCGGUAUCACAGUUGAUGAUGAUACAAUAACUCAGAUUCUGACCGAUGAAAAAAUAAAAGAUAGAUACAAACGUCUAUGUGUUAAUAGUUUCGUCCGGAACGAUCCAUUUUUGGAAUGGUGUCCAGCUCCCGAUUGCCAAUAUGCCAUCGAAGCGAGUUUUACGCCGAUUUAUCGUUUAAACUGCACUUGUAAGUGCGGACAUGGGUUCUGUUUCGAGUGCCGGAAUUCUCAUCAUGAGCCCAUUCCUUGUGACUUAUAUAAGAUUUGGUUACAAUAUAUGACAGAUCCGACAUACCAAUACAUGUCGAAAAACACCAAAGCAUGUCCGAAAUGCGGUUGUUUGAUCGAAAAAAAUAUGGGCUGUUCAUACAUGUUUUGUACACGAUGUCGCACCGAAUUUUGCUGGACUUGUUUCAAGAAAUGUUUUGCUAACUGGAAACUUGGCCACGGCAUGUGUAACACACCUAAAGAUCAACGUCCAAAACAGCCUCAAACGAAUACAAUGGUCAGAUUCCAAAACUAUAACAAACUCUACCUCGAACAAAAGAAAUCUCUUGACGCUGAAAGAGAUUUUGCGGCCAAAAAAAUUGAUCUCACAAUUAAAAAUCUGAUACAAGAGGGCAUUUUGCUAUCUGAAAUACAAAUUUUACACAAAGGUUUGGACAUUCUACUGUCAUGUCGUCAGAAUUUGAUGCUGUCGUACGUAUUCGCAUAUUUUGUGAAGGAGUGCAAUCAAACAGCCAUUUUUGAAGAAAACCAACGCGAUUUGGGCGGUGCUGCCGACAUUUUAUCCGGCUAUUUACAAAUGGAUUUCACGCCACAAAAUGUGCUUGAUAUGAAAAUAAAAAUUUGGGACAAGUUUGAAUACUGUGAUCAGCGUCAAAAGAAACUUCUAAGCCACAUUCAAGAAGGCCUUGAGAAAGGGUGGUGGACCUUUUCUGAAAACGGAUAAUAGCCAGUAAUACUUCUCCCUCCGAUUUUGCGAUAGAAAAAAUACAUUCUCUUUCUUUCUCAUUUACAAACAUGAAAAAUGUUAAUUAUUAUAAAUUUAUUUACAAUAAAUAAUGAAAUAAUCAGUGCUUCAUAAACGGAUAGAUAUAUCUGCUGAGCUGAGCGCUCAGCCAAACACACAAACAUAUCUGGCUGAGCGUUCAUAUAUGAAACACGGGAAAUAAUACCUCUAUUGAAUCGUUAGAAAAGAUAUUUUAUUUAUAAAUUACAAAGUUGAGAGACAAUACAUGCAAUACAAUAGUUGAAUACAUGCAGCCCAUAGGUAGGAGAUUGUCAACAACAAAAAAUUUCAAUAAAAAAAAAACACAACA